UGUCUACUGUCAAGUAUCGCAAUAUUUGCUAAAAUAAAAUUUAUUGAAACAAUAGAAAAAAACGUUUCAGAGAAUACAAAGUGAGAUCAUAAUGCAGGUUGUUAGUGAACCAGUACAGCAGUUUGGAAGCCGGAGCCAUCAGGCGGAGUCCAUUCCCCUGGGAAGAUAUGGAGCCUACGGAUCGGACAUUUCAGAGAUUGAACAAGAUGACCAGGAUAAAGGCCUUGGUUUCUCCAACGACUUCAUCCGGCGGGGAUUCAUCCGAAAGGUGUACCUGAUACUGCUGAGCCAACUAAUGGUCACCCUUGCGGUCAUCGCAGCAUUCACUCUGGACAAGCAGAUUCGAGUUUCCGUGGCGAACAACACGCCAUUGUUUUUUGUGGCUCUGAUUGUGAUGAUGGUUACGCUGGUGAUUCUCGCCUGCAGCAAGGAUCUCCGUCGAAGGACGCCGAUGAACUUCAUCUUUCUGGCGGUUUUCACCCUAAGUAACGCCUUUUUGCUGGGCGUGGCAGCGUGUCGAUAUGCCCCGAAGGAAGUUCUCCUGGCCGUGGCAAUUACUGCGGCUGUUUGCCUCGGACUCACUUUGUUUGCCCUGCAAACACGUUACGACUUCACCACGAUGGGCGGCAUCCUGAUGAGCCUCCUGAUUAUCCUGCUGCUCUUUGGUAUCGUAACCAUCUUCGUUGGCGGCAAUGUGGUCACAACCAUAUAUGCAUCCUUAAGUGCUUUGCUCUUUUCCGUUUACCUGGUCUACGACACACAACUGAUGAUGGGCGGCAAGCACAGGUACUCGAUAAGUCCAGAGGAAUAUAUAUUCGCCGCCCUUAAUAUUUACAUGGAUGUGGUUAACAUAUUUCUGGACAUUUUGAAUAUCACUGGGGGAUCCGAUGGCUAGACAAUCCCCACUAAUCCCAAAAACAUGGCAUACUUUCCGGCACUUAUCGGAUUUUUCACGCCACUGAUUCGAUGUCGAAAAUUAAUAAAUCAAAAUGUGCAGCAUCAA